AGGCUUAAAGUUGUAAAAUUUCAAUGCAUGCACACGUUAUCUAAAUAUAUUCUUGCAGCCUUUUGCGUGUUCAAAGCAGAGUCAGUUUGGUGUGUUAGUUCAUCUUCUUCUCUCUACUCACUCCCCUCACAUUCCAUAUAUAUCUGAUAUCACUCUCUCAAAGCUACUCUUUCUUCUCCUCCAUGGACUCACACUCACCACCAACCAAGAACUCGGAUUAUCUCGCCGGAGGCGGCGAGAAAACCCGGUACCGGAUUCGAACAGAUAGUCUCUCGUACAAGCUGUCUCGCCAAGUUGAUGAGUACAGCACUUGGAUGUUCAAGAGAGAAGUGAGUCCAACUACUUACAUUUUGAAGAACGUAACAUGUGAAGCUAGACCUGGGGAGAUCACAGCCGUGGCUGGCCCGAGCGGGGCCGGAAAGACUACGUUGCUUGAAAUACUUGCAGGGAUGAUCCCUUUGAGCAGAGUCACAGGCCAUGUUUUGGUCAAUGAUCAGCCCAUGAAUGUCAAGAAUUUCAGGAGAGUUUCUGGCUAUGUCACUCAAGACGAAGCUCUUUUCGCGCUUCUUACAGUUGAAGAGACGCUUAUGUAUAGUGCUCGGUUGAGAAUGCAUGGCGGGCAUGAAAAGGCAGUGAUCAGAGUGAAAGAGCUGUUAAAGGUGCUUGGUUUGGAGCACGUGGCCGGUGUGAGAAUCGGUAGUGAAUCGAGCCGGGGAAUCUCUGGUGGUGAGAAACGACGUGUUUCGAUUGGAGUUGACUUGGUUCAUAACCCGGAUGUUCUUCUUUUGGACGAACCAACUUCGGGUUUGGACUCGGCUUCGGCUCUCCAUGUAGCUCUGUUACUGAAAACCAUGGCUACAAAACAGGGGAAGACCAUCUUGUUGACUAUUCACCAACCGGGUUUUCGAAUCCUUCAGCUGUUUGACCAUAUUCUCUUGCUCUCAAAUGGGGUUCUUCUUCACCAUGGUUCUCUCCAUAUGUUGGAGGAGAGGCUCAGUAUUGCAGGUCAUACCAUUCCUCGCCAUGUUAACGUGCUUGAGUUUGCCAUUGAAGUGACAGGAGAUCUGUCUUCAGCCAUGGAAGAAAGCGAAAUAGACGAUAGUGAACAUGAAGAACUGGCUGAUUCAUUCAGAACAAGUCCACUCCCAGCUAGUGAUAUCGAAAAAAAUCAAUUUUUCUACGCGAAUACACCCUUUAAGGAGGUUUUGAUACUGAGUGAAAGAUUCUUCAGCAACAUUUUUAGAACCAAACAGCUCUUUGCUGCUAGAAUAAUUCAGGCAUUGCUUGCAGGGUUCGUACUUGGUACUAUUUUCAUGAAAUCUGCCGAUCAUCAUGAUCCACAAAGGGUCACAUUCCAAACCCGAAUGGGGUUUUUUGCGUUCAGUCUCACCUUCUUGCUUUCUUCUACAACAGAAGGAUUACCAAUUUACUUACAAGAAAGGAGAAUCUUAAUGAGAGAAACAUCCAGAGGAUCUUACAGGGUAUAUUCUUAUGUGAUAUCAAACACCCUGGUUUUUCUUCCAUUUCUACUAGUUGUUGCUGUUCUUUACACCACCCCAGUAUACUGGUUAGUCGGAUUAAGAAGAGAUAUCGAUGGUUUCCUCUAUUUUUCAUUGGUGGUUUGGAUGGUCAUUUUGAUGUCCAACUCUUUUGUAGCUUGCUUUAGUGCACUGGUACCAAACUUCAUCACUGGAAUGACCUUAGUCGCAGGGAUUAUGGGGUCUUUUUUUCUGUUUUCAGGCUAUUUCAUAUCAAAAGAAGAUUUACCCAGAUAUUGGAUUUUCAUGCAUUACUUGAGUUUAUUUAAGUACCCUUUUGAGUGUUUUAUUUUAAACGAGUAUGGAGGAGAUAAAGGAAGGCAGAGAUGCUUGGCAAGUCUGGGAGACCAAUGUGUCUUGUAUGGAGAUAAAUUUUUGGAGCAGAAAGGACUGAAAGAAUACCAAAAAUGGAGUAACUUGAGUGUGAUGAUGGGAUUCAUUAUUGGGUACAGAGUACUUUGUUAUCUAAUUCUAUGGUUCAGAACUCACAGAAUCAGGAUUUAGAACGUAUCUGUCAGUUUGUGUGUAAAAUAAUCACCAGUUUAUGAUGAUAUACCAAUAAUGAAGAUAGCUUU